CCUGUUCGAGCCAUUAUACGCUGCGACCUGUUAUGUUCUGAAUAUUGUGCGAAUAUUGUUAACCAAUCCUCUUGCCAUCCAAAAUACCGGUCUGAACCAUUUAAAUAAUUUAAGAGCCUAUAUUAACUUCGUUACGGUAGCUAACGAGAUAUGACGCUUUGUAGUAGGUUGCGAACAUCAACACAGACGGGUCAUCAUAACCAUUUGUUUUAAUUUGAUCUUUAUUUUUUAUUUUUGGUAUUUAUAUUAAUUUGAGAUUGACAUGACAGAAAUAUUUUCAUCUUUGUACGGUCAAAAUGACGCGCAAGGCCCCCCUGGAUCCUCAGCUCUUGGUUUCGGUCCGGGGAAGCCACCACCGCCUCCGACGCAGAAUCAAGUCUCGAUGUCCGUACAGAUUCCACACCAGCUCGCGGAUGAAGGGCCUGCGCUGCGGAAGCCCGGAGCCAUGAACGAACCGUUCUAUUUACUCAGAGAAAUACCCGUGGGAAAUGAGCUAACAGGAAACACCAACCUGAUCACACACUACAGCUUGGAGCACGCUUACAACAAGUUCUGUGGCAAGAAAGUCAAAGAGAAACUCAGCAGCUUCUUACCGGAACUGCCAGGCAUGAUUGACAGCCCGGGCUCUCAGGAUGGCAGUGCGCUGCGCUCGCUCAUUGAGAAGCCGCCGGUGUGUGGGAACAGCUUCAGCCCGCUGGCCGGAGCGCUGCUGAGCGGCUUCAGACUGCACACCGGCCCGUUGCCAGAGCCGUACAGACUGAUGCACAUCCAGCCUCCGAAGAAGAAGAGCAAACACAAGCACCGCCAUCACAGACCUCAGGACCCCAUUCCACCAGAGACUCCCUCUGAUUCAGAUCACAAGAAGAAGAAGAAAAAGAAGGACGAUGAUCCUGACCGCAAGAAGAAGAAAAAGGACAAGAAGAAGAAGAAGAAUCGCCACAGUCCUGAUCACCCUGGACUGACCGGAUCUCAACCCAACAGCAGCAACAGCCUGCGAUGAAGAGAGAGAGAGAGCGUGAGAGAGCGUGAGAGAGAGAGAGCGUGAGAGAGAGAGAGCGUGAGAGAGUGAGAGCGUGAGAGAGAGAGAGAGAGAGAGAGAGAGAGAGAGAGAGAGAGAGAGAGAGAGAGAGAGAGAGAGAGAGAGAGAGAGAGAGAGAGAGAGAGAGAGAGAGAGAGAGAGAGAGAGAGAGAGAGAGAGAGACUUGCGUCAGACAGUCCUGGGUUAAUUACAUAGGUGAAAUACUUUCUCUUCAGAUGCUGGCAAAAGUUUAAAACACUCCUGCGGAUCUGUAAGAACUUUCAUCCAAUCAUGUCACUAACACUUGCGUGCAUAUGUAAGAAGAAUUCUGCUCUGAAUAUUGAAAAAGUUUUCCUGUAAUAAUUUAUUUUCUUCUGUAGAAGGGAGCAUUUUAUUGAUGUCUGAAGUAUUUCAUGUGAUUAUUGACCCAGGUGUGAUAUGGAACAGAACUGAUGCACACUCUCCUGUUGUUCAUGAAAUUAUAAAAAAACAAGACCUCCUUUACUUUUAAUUUACUCAGAAAAAGCUAAAACAUGGAAUCUUUGAGUUGUGGAAGACCCUGUGCAAUCACACGUGUCCAUUAAAGCCACAAUAAAUAUUUAUGCUUAGUUUUUUUUAAUUCAACGUUUUUCUAAUUCCUACAAGGUCUGUCAUUUUGAGAAAUUGUUAGCAGCCGGUGUCACAUGGACAUUCACUCUGAUUGGUGGCUCAAUAAAUGGCCACACCCACUGAUUGGUUCAAAUACAGUUUGCCAUAAUAUUUACUUUUUUGUUUUGAGCCAAAACCAACUCCUUUUUUACUGAGCAGCAUACAAACCGUCACUUUCAGGAUUUAAACAAAGGUUUUAAAUUCCCAUCUUAAAGAGUGUGACAUUUUAGCGUUUAGUGUUCUGGUUGUUUAUCUACCCCGGUGGUAAACAUGAUGUCGAUUGUACAGGGUCUUUACAUGGCUGGAUGGGGAGUGUAGUUGAGCUCUGCUGGUUUACUAUUGGAGGGUUCAGGAGGAAGUGGGAGGAGCGUACGCACUGGAAUGUCACAAUAAAUUUUUGUUACCUGUUUAAACAGC